CCGUACUUCACUUAAAGGAGAGGUCCCGUUGAGUCGUCAGGGAUCUUUUGUAUCUUGACACUUUAUUGUCCAGGACUGACUCGACGAAAAGACCACAUUUGCCCAAGCAGGAGGUCGUGGACUCAGCAGUCUCAGCAGUUUCAGCUCAUGCGGAUGAACCAAGUGGAUGCGUCUAAACAGGGUCCAGCUGGAGGCUUGAAAAAUGGGCCGAGAGGCUAGCCAGCGAUUGGUAGAGGAGAAGAGGUGCAGACGAGCCGCAAUGCAAUGCAAUGCAAUAGGAGGGCGUUCGAUCUCGUUUUGGCUGGGGCUGGAGUGCCGCCGAACUUGGCCUUUGGAGUGGUUCGCUCAUUGGUCCUGGGACUCCAGUUGCGCCCGGUAGAUCUUACAGCAUGGAGGUACACCUCCGCAAUCCCUCGUUUGAUUCGGCUAAAGGGCGCGGAUUCCCCGUCAACGAAAACUGACACAGGGCCGGAAAAGAAGCCUUCCUUCUUUAGGGUACAGCUCCGAGUUUUAUGUAGAGGGAAACAAAGAGACAACGGGGAACAUGUCCAUGAAGGCAUAAGGAAUCCAUUCAUGGCGCAUUGACAGUGCUGCAGUAAAUAAGAUUUAAUUAUCAGCUUCUGCUCUGUACCCGAUGCAUCCGGAUUCCUGAUGGAGGGAAAAAGGAAAACGUGAGGGGCCCUGCAUGGCUUAAUGUGGGUUCUAUUCUACUGAGCUCGGGGGUCUGGGUGUGAGAUAAUGGUUGCAGAAAGCCUACCCUGUAGGCAGAAAGCAGAACUAUCCUACCACCAUCUGCACCAUGUAAGGCAGAUGGUGGGGCUCCCCAAGGACGAACACAAUAUUAAAAGCAAGGCGGAUAGAUGUCGAGAUAUGGAGCUAAGCAGGUGAACAUGUUCUCGUAAGGUUCUGGUCACUUGUCUGUAGCGCUCAGCUUUCCAGACACAGAGCCAGCCAGCCGAAACCCAGCCCUGG